AGAACUUAUAAGUAUGACUUGUGAAGUUGGAAGGCAGAAGAAAAUUCUGAUCACACAUGGGACUGAUACUAUGAUACAGACUGCAUCGUAUCUUGCACAGAAAAAGUUAAAAAAGACAAUCAUUUUCACGGGUGCUUUCUUACCUGAAACUUUCAAGGGUUCUGAUGCUGAGUUUAAUAUUGGUGUGGCUUUAGGGGCAUUGCAGUGCUUAUCUGUCUAUGGUGUGUAUGUUUGUAUGAAUGGUACGCUGUUUCUCUGGAAUCAAGUUGAACGCAACUAUAAAACUGGACACUAUGCUCCAUGGUGUCCUGCCUGCAAAGGCCUUGAAGCAACAUGGAAUAAUUUUGCUGAAUGGAGUGAUGAUUUAGACAUCACAGUGGCUGAAGUUGACGUCACUCAGGAACCAGGUCUGAGUGGUCGAUUCAUGGUGACAUCACUGCCUUCAAUUUAUCACGUAAUAAAUGGUGAAUUCCGUCGUUAUAUGGGUCCAAGAAGCAAAGAUGAAUUUAUGACGUUUAUUGAAGAUAGAAAAUACGUAGAAAUUGAGCCAGUUCCUUCGUGGAAGUCUCCAGAUUCUAUUGUAAUGAGUUUCCUUGGAUGGUUAUUUAAGGUCUCAAUGGUCGUGAGGAAUAUACACACAUCUUUAACAGAAGACUAUAAUAUUCCAGUAUAUGGUUCUUACGCAAUAUUCGCUAUAGCUACGGUUGUAAUGGGCCUAUUAUUAGGAGUGUUGAUGUGGGGAUGGACGAUCGUAGAAAUAAUUAAUGUUGUGAUGUUAACAUUGAUGUUAUUAUUCACAGAUAUUGGCCGUCCAAUAGCAGUCAUCGUAGUAGUUAGUUUGUUGAUUAUUACUGCAAUCAUUUUGAUUGCCGUAUGGUAUUAUCGAAGGAACAAAAAACGGAAAAAGAAAUCUGAGACUCAGACUGAAAUGGAGAACCGGGAGAAUGUUGACCCGAAACCGAAAGAAGUGACAGAAAACUACGCCGUUACAGAUAAUCAAGAGAACGAUAAUUAUUACUGCAGGGUAUCGACAGAGAACAUGGCCGAAUGUGAAAAUGUCGGUUAUCUUAUCCCAUACUCCGACUACGGCAUCAGAGAGGAAAAACAACAACUUGGGACUGAAAUUACGGAGAUUGAAAAAGAAAAAGAAGAAAACGCCCAUGCUCUUACAGGAAGACAAAAUUCAAGGACACCGAUUUUGUCACAAAGCACUGGUCAGGAAUGA